AUGGCGCCGUGGUUUGCACUAUUCGAGGCCUGGGCUGUCGCAAAACUGAUCCGAUCACCGGGGUUUAAUCGAGCUGUGCAAAAAGCAUAUCGUAAGAUCAAUAGGCUACCGGAUUUUGAGCAGAAGAAUGGAGGAGGAAGAACCGGUCCCUCAGCCCUCGACCACUUUAAAGAUGAGCUGAAAACGCAACUCCGAGAGCUCACCUGGCAAAAGCGCCCCCCGAAAUGA